CAUCAAACUCUUGUCAGUUUUGUCAAUCAAUCCACCCACCAUCAUCGCGCAGAUAAGUUUCCUGGAAGGCGUUGCAGUUUUUCGUGCACCAUAAAUAGUUCUAUUUGAUUUCUGUGCACCGAUUAAAUUGUGUUCCAUACUCGUGAAUCGCCGUGAAAGCGCUAACGAGAACGAAAGCAUCGAUUGUUUUACUUUGGAUCCUCGAGCACAGUGCAAACAAUCAGUCAUGUAAUUUUCAUUCCACUCUCCUUUUGCUGCAUCACCUUAUCAGAAGGGAGGGAGGGAGAGAGAAAGAAAGAAAAGUGCAACAUCCAAAUCGAAUCCGGAACACUACUUUCUUGGGUCGCAGGUAAAAACGAUGAUAAUGGACGCACUUAGGAAUUACGGAUUAAGCCAGCAGCGUACGGAACUUACGUCAGCGAUUCAGUUGCCACUAAGGAACACCCGGAGGAUUAAGUUCACCUGUUUCGAUGUUUCGGAGAAGUACAUCAUCUUCGGGGCCAACUCCGGCUCGCUGUACGUGUACGACCGGGAGAGCGUGAACUUCCUGAGCAUCAUUCCGAGUCAGCUGGGAACGAUCAGCCAGGUGCAGAUCUCGAGCAAUGGCAAGCAGAUUGCGGUGGCCAAUAUGCGGGGCGCGAUCGGAGUCGUGCUGGAUUUGGACGGUUCCGCUUCGAAGGAAGUGCUCCUAACGGAGCUGGGUGGUGGUGAAGCUGCCGGGGGUGUUGGGGUGGUUGGCCGUUCGGGAACCAGUGCAUUCGUCACCAGCUUCUGCUGGGGAGAGGAUGACAAGGAGUUGUACUGCGGAGAUUCCAAAGGGACGGUUUCGCUGCUGCAGUUGUCGAUGUUUAUGGGAAGAAACAUCCUCAACAUGACGCUAAGUCCGGUGCUCUUGUUGGAGAAUCACAUCGUGCAGAUCGAUCGGUACAAGGAACUGCUGUUGGUAUCGACCCUUUCCAAAUGUGUGCUCUGCAAUACACAACGGGAGGAGUUCAAGCAGAUUGGAAACCGCCCUCGUGAUGGCCUAUAUGGAGCAACGUUCAUCGUUCCAAAUCCGGAAUACUUCAACACGCCAACCGAAGAAGAUUUGGAAGAUGCGAAGUCGAUGGAAGGCAGCGACGAUAACGACAACGAUCAACGGCCAUCGCCUUCGGGGGUGAAGAUCGCCCAAGACCAAGUGCGGAUAUUCUGCUCUCGUCCGGGUUCGCGAUUGUGGGAAGCCGACAUCGAUGGAAACGUUCUGCGAACUCAUCAGUUCCGGCAUAGAUCUACCGAUCGCGAGGCAAACGGGCCCUGCAAUGAGAUAAUUGCAUUCAAGCUGCUGCAGAAAGUUCUGGGCCGGUUGAUAUUGGUACACGACGAUCGGGAGAUAUUCCUCAUAGAUCCAAUUGCCUCCCAGGUGGUGCUCUGGAUUAAUAACGUCGGGGACAUUAGCCGGGUGCGUCUCGUCGGGGAAGAUAUAUACGUGUUCGGGAAUGAUCAGACGAUGAUGAAAUUGAGGCUGGAUGUUGAACAGAAGGAAGUACCGAAACGGUUACCGAAGAAGAUCAACGGCAAGAAAAGUUCACCGUUUAAGGAGAACGGAGUCUAUAUUUUAGAUCACUUGUUCAACAAUAAUGGAUUGAAAGAGGGGACAUUGCAAACUGAAAGCACAAUCAAGGAAGCUUUGGCUUCGGUGGUUCGAGGGAAAUACGGGCGAAAUAUCAAGCAAAUGUUCCUCGGCUACGACCAAAUGGGUCCCGAGAGGCCCAAAACGUUGAACAUUUCCAAAGUUUACAAUAGUGAGGAGAACUAUAACAAUAUGGUUCAAGUUUUACCCACCGAUGAGUCUAGUUAUGCAGAAGAUGAUUGCAGCGAAGACGUUGUCCCGAAGAGGAACCCGCCAAAGAAAAUGUUCUCAAUGUCGCUUCUCAGCGAUUAUCAGCUUAGUGAGGACGACAAGACCGUUCGCAAUUUAUACUUGGUGUAUCGUUCGUCUAUCAUUAGUAAUCUCAAUUUUGCUGAUCGUUACGCUAAAAUUUUCGAUGCUUACGAUACCGAAUCCAUUGUUAGCUUAUUGCAUAAGUUGGAAAUUGUCAUGGACGAGAACAAUGAGGAACAGUCGAGGCUCAAGUGCAUCAAAAUAUAUUUUGAUUAUUUGAAAGUAGAGUUAAUUUGGGAGAUAGAUGUAGAAUCUAGAGCUUUUAUCAAGCAAUGCUUUAUAGAGUACAACAAAAUGCUUCUGCACGAAGAGCUCUGCGAGUUGGAGAAGUGCGAAUCUUGCGGGCACUAUUUAAGGACCAAUAUUAACUGCCAUUAUCCGGAAAUCGGAACUACUCUGAUCCAGUAUUAUUGGUCUAGAAAAGACUACGCCCAGUGUUUUGAGCUAGUGCAGCAAAUCCCCUUCCUGUGGCACACGAUUACCAAGUUCUACAUCCAAGACAACCGCGAGGAUAAAGCCAUUCAAUGCAUCUGGAAUGUGGGCGAUCCCGGUUUGCUGGAACGAGCCGCCUGUGAGAUGUUCACCAUGGACCACUGGCGCCAAUUGUUGGAUCUCAUGCUGACCUGUUACAAUAGCAAUAGUUUGAUGUGUUUGAACUGUGAUAAACUGUGCACGCUUGCCGACCCGGGCCGUAACCCAAUGUGGCGCGAACAACAAAACCAAGCUCAAUCGCCAGUCGUUAACUCGAAGGACAAUAAUCACAUUAACAACAAUAAUAUCGGCAUCGCGACUAGACGUAGCACUAAUGUAAACCGCUUCUACAGUUGGAACUAUAUUUUAAACACCGCCAUCGACCAAAAGUGCGUCGAUGGCAAAUCUAUGCUUAAGCUACUACGAGGCUACGAUGAGUACAUUCCAAAGGGUGCGAUCAGCACGAGCUUCUACCUAAAAUGCCUACUAAACGUGUCGGAUUAAUCUCAUAUGCCUGUUUAAUUGUCUGUCACGCAAGAGUGUAUCGUAAUAUGCGUAUAGUAAGGUGGCCCGUUUCGAUAUGGAAAAAAUCAACUUGUAAAAAUAUUAAGUUA